GCAUUAGACACAGCCGUUGCUCUCUCUCUCUCAUGGGCAUGUAUCAAAACCGUCAUUGUACUUAAACGCGUGCGCAUAAUUAAAACGAAGCCAGAAUCUUGUGGUCCUUUCUUCUGAGAAAUAUAUAUAUAUUUUUAUUAACAUCGCUCUUCUCGUUCAGGAUGCUUCUUCAAAUGUCUUCAGCGCCCUCGUUGUCCAGCAUCAUCAGAUUGUUGCGAUGGCACCUCCGUGUCAAGUAUUGCGGCAUCUAAUGCGGAACAGCAGAAUCUGAUGGGGAACCCUGUGAAUCAUGGAAUCCCUGUGACAGUAACUAUCGAGCAUGAAUCAAACGAGUCUCCUCCGAGCUCUAACACUGUAACUCAACACACCUACCUUCCUUCUGAACGCACGGUUGUGGCCGCAGAUGUUCACCGUGAUUCAGUGUUUAAUUUGUUUAACAUAAGGCAACCAGUCGACAGUACUACACGAUCCGGCCUAAAGUACAUCACCCAUGCAGAGACCACUAUCAACAGCACGGGUGGAAAGUUAUCGUCCCCAGACUCAAAUAUCAGCAUCAUCGUUGAUAGUGGAGCUGUACCCGAGGGAAUUAACCAGCCUUUCUCCUUCCGUGUUGUCUAUGACGAAACAUCCUUGCUGCGGGAUAUUCCGGAAAGUCACGAUAGGACUCUCAUCUCCCCAUUGUUUUAUUGUGGACCCGACAACAUUAACGUUCUAAAGCCGGUGGAAAUUAUUGUUCCACACUGCCUGUACUUAGACGAAGUUAGAAAGGACUCAAUAUCUGUUUACAGAUGUGGCAGCUAUUCUGAUGACGGUCCGUUCAAGUGGGAGAAAGUCCCCUCAGCAUCAGAGAAAAACUGUCAAUCUAAGGCCUGGUACACUGUGAAAAAGGACUCCGUUCACAUCAAAACCAAGACCUUUUCUUUCUGGAGUAUAUUUAUCUGUGGUGGAGGUGGGCCCAAGAGAAAAAGAGCCACGGUUUUUGCGAACAAACCGAAUGAAGAAUUGGAUACCAUUUGCUUCAGAUUCUACAUCUACAGUGACAAUGAGGAUUCCAAGAAGCGAUUACAGUCAAAAGACAGAAAGUUGUUUCCUACUUCGAAGCAGACGAUUGAGAUGCCGUUUAAAAUGUACAAUGACACCAAGGAUAUCAUAGUGGGACUCACUGAUCUUCCGGAAGGAUGGGAAAUGGAUAAGACUCCCGAAACAAAGACAUACCCAUACGAGGCGGCCUAUCAUAACGGAUUCCGUACUUACACCCCGUGCGAGUUUGCAGUGAAACCAUGUCGUCCAACUGAGGAGGAAUUCUCGUGCAAUUUGAUAUUUCAGCAGGAGGGGCAUCCCACGAAACACAGUAUCUAUCUCAAUCCAGGAUUUACACCAAGAAAGCAGACCCGUCGAUUUUCAGUAGAAAGCAGUGGAAGUAACGCACCUUCCCACCACACUACUACAGCAGGCUCGCGGAUCUCUGUUGUGCCAGAGGAAAACGAGAGUAUCGUCGACCAGAACGACAAGCCAUCCCCAGAUUUCCUAGCCAGCCAAAUUUCCAACCAGUGUUUCUCGUCGUUAGGCAGCGAUGACGAACCAGUUACACAAAGUCAUUGUAACUGCAUAAGCCCGCUUGUUGGAGGGAGGUGGAAGAAACUGUUACGAAAUCUGGGCGUAGCAGAAGUGCCGACUAUCGAAAAUGUAGAUAAGGAUUACCAAAACGAGACAGUUGGCGAAAAGUGUUAUCAAGGACUUCGAAAGUGGAUGGAAAGUUGUGGCCCUCAAACAGCUACAACCAAAAAACUGUGCGACGCCUUACUACAGACAGGUUGUACAGAAGCGUUGGAGGAAUUAUCAAAAGCAGGUGUCAGCUGCGUUCCUCCUGUUCCAAUCCCAGAAAGCACUGCAGAUCAACCAGGGACUUCCGUAUAAGCAGCUCCUCCUGACAGCCGUCCUUGCUUAUAACAAGUCGUUCGCUUUCCUCCGGCCUAGAUACAACACUUGAAGAAGACACCCAGUUCCAAAUUUACGAUAAUGCAUAGAGAAGAAAUAAAUCACGUAUGCGAGACGACAGUCACUCUCCGAGACUGUGGAUGCCGGAGGAAAGCGAACUGGAAGUUCGAGUAGAAUUUAAGCCGGGAUUGAAUCUUUCUCCAGGUAGUCACCAAUUUCGUUUCAAGAGGAGUUAUUUCGGAAACUGAGCUGACAUCUUAGCACUGACUCCCCGGCGAUAUACCAAUUCUCGUCGGAGUCCAUUUCAUCUGGGAUUUAGAGAGAUCCAUUUAAUUUUGUAUGCAUGGAUAUAACUUACCACACGUGCAUCGUCAACGAUGUCUAUUUAUAUCACAAUGAAUCACUUACACUACUUUUCUUGCUAGAAGUGAGAAACAAAAUGACCUGCAAUGUAUUUUUCUUUUAUAAAGAGAACUACAGUGGAACCCCGUUAAUUCGGUCAA